AUGCCUCUCCAGAGCUUCUUCAGCUGCUUCCGGCCGCAUCAGAUUGGCAGGGAGUCGGGACUUGGUGAGAACAACUCGGACGCUGCGCCUCGGCCGCCUCAUGUGCUGAAUUCAGAUCCUCUCCCGGACGCAAAUGCUCCAUCUGAUCAGCGAACUCGGUCACUGGCGGCCGUUGUCGCCGGCCGGAGCUCAUUGACAGAUGCCAAUGUAGCGGAAGUCCAAAGCACGGACGUUCCCGCUCACAGCGAACUAAGGGAUUCCUUGAUUAUAGAACCCCUUCACGGACCGGAAAUCAACGUCUCUGAAGUUGAAGAGGCGGCCCCAGUCAGUUGGAUGGGGCGAGAGACGCUUGAGAAGAUGCUCGACGUCAUCCUUGUACUGCGACAGCGAGGUGGUCUGGCAACGUCAGAUGUCGGCUGCUUGCGGUGCGUCAGCAGGACUCUGCGUGAUAGCCCGGUGACGUCAGUCUCGCCUGUGGACCGUUUAACGUUCAUGGUGGAGCGGCUCGCUGCGAAGCAAAGAACUUUGAUUGAGGGGAACAGAAAGCUGAAGAAUAUUGUCAGGCAGGUAACGCUGGAAUCGGGCUUGUUUUAUCGCACCUUUAGGAACCCAUUCGGACAUAUCGACAAGUCUUUGCAGCAAUAUCUGGAUGAACCCUGA